UCCCUCUCUUCCAAUUUCCCUCUCUUCUUUUCCUUCACUCUCUGUCAUCUUUUACUUUUUUAUUAUUUUAUUUUAUUUUUUUUAUUUUCUUCCGAUCUCUCUCAUCGAUUUAUGGACAAAGGAUGGGGUCUUACCCUUCGUGAUUCCGACCACUCUAUUGGGUUCUUCUCAAACAAGCCACCCCCAUCCACUGUCAAUUCUUUUCACAGCGUUAUGUUCCAAGGUAUUGAUUUUCCCGGGAAACCUGGCCGGACUGACGACGACAAGCCUGCUCUGCCGCUUCCCGAUCACACCCGGUUGCCCGUCAACGAGGUCGACUUUUUUUCCGAUAAUAAAAGGGUGGUUGAUGAUAGGGAGGAUGAAGACUCCAAACCACCGGUUAAUAUCAUCGCCACCGCUGUCAAUAAAGACCACAACAAUUUCACUGCUCCCACAACUGCCUUCAAUCGUGUUAAUACUGGUUUGCAUCUGUUAACUGCGAACACCGGAAGCGAUCAAUCGACGGUGGAUGAUGGGAUUUCAUCGGAUGGAGAAGAUAAACGAGCCAAAAACGAGCUAGCGCAGCUUCAAGUGGAGCUUCAGCGUAUGAACGCCGAGAAUCACAAGCUGAGGGACAUGCUAAGCCAUGUGAGAAACAACUACACUACCUUACAAAUGCAUAUCUCCACCUUUAUGCAACAGCAGCAACAGCAACAACAACAAAAUCAGCAAAAUCAGGCCUUGGAAUCCGCUCAUGAACGACAGCCCACGGAUAAACAUGAUCAAGUUGGGAAGGUUGUAAUUCCGAGGCAAUUUAUGGAUCUGGGACCCACUGGGAAGACAGGGGGAGGCGAUCAUGAAUUAUUCCAUUCAUCAUCGGAUGAAAGAACUGGUUCUGGGUCUCCGUUGAACAACACAGAAACCGCCUCCAAAAAGAGCACCGGAAGAGACCAGGAAACGGGUCCUUCCGAUCAGGAGAAUUCCAAUUUACGAUCAGAUGGAAAAAGAUCCAUGGGUAGAGAAGAAAGCCCAGAGUCAGAAUCUCACGGGUGGGGUGGUCCUAAUAAAGCCCCCAGAUUGAACCCUUCUUCUAAACCACUUGAUCAACAAUCCACCGAAGCCACCAUGAGAAAAGCCCGUGUCUCAGUCCGUGCUCGAUCAGAAGCUCCCAUGAUUUCUGAUGGGUGUCAAUGGCGAAAAUAUGGCCAAAAAAUGGCUAAAGGAAACCCAUGUCCACGGGCGUAUUAUCGGUGCACAAUGGCAGUGGGUUGCCCUGUUCGGAAACAAGUUCAACGUUGCGCUGAAGACACGACUAUAUUGAUAACAACCUAUGAGGGUAACCACAAUCACCCACUUCCGCCGGCUGCGAUGGCCAUGGCGUCCACCACGACGGCGGCGGCUAGCAUGUUGUUGUCAGGGUCCAUGUCAAGUGCGGACCAUAAUCUAAUGAACCCAAAUUUAUUGGCUCGAGCCAUACUCCCAUGUUCCUCAAGCAUGGCUACAAUUUCAGCUUCGGCUCCAUUUCCAACCAUCACAUUAGACCUCACUCACACCCCGAACCCAUUGCAGUUCCAAAGACCAGCACCCACGCCGUUCCACGUGCCGUUCGAAGCCGGACAACCACCGUCUGCCGCCGCCCAAUUGCCGCAGGUUUUGGGGCAAGCGCUAUACAAUCAAUCAAAAUUCUCGGGGCUACAGCUCUCUCAUGAUAUGGGGGCCAAUUCCUCCCAUUUGGGUCACCACCAAAUUUCACAACCGGCCGUGGCAUCAUCCCAGCCUAGUGGUGCUUCUUUUGCCGACACGUUAAGUGCCGCCACCGCCGCUAUCACCGCGGAUCCGAACUUCACAGCCGCUCUAGCCGCCGCUAUCUCCUCCAUCAUCGGCGGAGCUCAUUCAAAUAAUAAUAACACCACCCCCACCAAUACUACGUCUACAUCAAACAACAACGGAAGCAGCAACAACAACAACACCAAAAUUAGCAGUUUCCCAGGAAAGUAGAUUAAAUUAAAUUAAAUUAAAUUAAAUUAGAGGCAAUAGAGUUACACGUUGGUUAAAUCUUUUUUGUUUUUGUUUUUGUUUUUGUUUUGAUGAUGUCCAUCAUGGGGGAUAACAUGUCCAUACUUUUUUAUUUUUGUUUUAAUUUGGGGGGAAAUUUACGAACACGACGACUUCAUUAUUCUUUCCAA